AACGAGUUGGAUCUGCGCAUGUUUUUAAAAAAUCACGCCACAUAUUUUUUAUUUUUUAUUUUAUCAUCACAUUUCAAUUUGAUGUUUGACGAAUGUUUUCGUAUGAUCAUAAUGUAUGAUUGAUGAUACAUCGGCCUAUCAACCUGGCCAUUAAAUGAUAGUGUUGCGUUUCCAACUAGACAUCCUUUAUAAUUUUUGUUUGGAUGAUUUGAAAUUUUUUGUUUUAUUUGAAAAUCAUCACCUGAUUUUUUCAAUAGUAUUUGAAAUGGUAAUAAAUUUUUUCUACGUUUUCGAUAAUUUAAAAUCUUGUUCAAUUUUCACAAAUAUAACGCUUAGACAAAAAGAUGGAUCGACAAUCACAACAACAACAACAACAACAACAACAACAGCUUCAAUUUGAUUUAUUCAAUUUGAAUGAUGAUUUUUUGGACCAAAAUCUUUCAUCAAUGAUGAUGAUGGGCGAUGAACAUAAUCCAAUGGAAUUUGAUCCAACUUUAUUGUUACAAGAUGAAAAUUUCGAUGAAUUAUUCGAUAGUAUAAGUUUGACUGAUCAGCAACAGAAGAAUAUUUCAGUAAAUGAUAACGAUCUUGGUAUGUUGAUGCAAGAUUUAUCCGAUAAUCCCAUUACGACAAACAAUUCUUUCAUCAUACCUCAACAACAACAACAACAACAAAGACAAUCGAUAUCGGCUAAUUUUCAGUCGCAGAAUUUUUCCCAACAACAAUAUCAUUCGAAUCCUAAUUCAAGCCAACAAUUUCAAAUUUUCCCACAACAACAACAACCACAAACACAGAAUAUGACUGGAAAUGUUCCAUUCACAUUUGGCCAACAAUCUCAACAAGAUGCCGGGUUUAAGUUUUCUAUGCCAUUUAAUAUUCCACCUGAACAGCAGCAACAGCAACAAAAACCGCCCACACAACAACAACAAACCAAAGUACAGAUUGUUAAACCAACUACAAUACUUAAACCGAAAAAUCAUCCGACACAACAUCCGUCUGAUGUACCGCUUCAAUCAGCAGCUCAACAACUUCAUAUUGGAAUCACUGAGAAUGGGCAAACAAUACUAUAUCAAUUACCGACAAAUGCUCAGACAAAUCCGACCGUCGUACAGGUGAAAGCUGAACCCCAGGAAAUGAUUCAACCAUCUCAGUCAGUACUAAUUCAAUCAUCUAAUGGUCCAAUAUUAACAUAUCGAUUAGCUGGGGCUUCCGGUUCUUUUGCUGCUGCUGCUGCAUCCACACCUGUACUCAUAAAACCAGCGACAACUGCCGUACAGCCGCAACCUAUCAAAAGUGAAAAAAUUGAUGGUGGAAAAAUAUCCAUUCAACCGUUGGUUUCUAACAACAAUGAUUCGAUGCAAAUAUCGAAUUGUGCUAGUCCACAACAACAGCAGCAGCAUCAACAACCGGAAAAACGUUCGGCCCAUAAUGCAAUUGAAAAACGUUAUCGAUCUUCUAUCAAUGAUAAGAUAUUGGAAUUGAAAACUAUUAUUGCCGGACCAGAUGCUAAACUUAAGAAGGCUGUGAUCUUACGAAAAGUUAUUGAAUAUAUUCACUAUCUUCAAAAGCGAAAUCAAACACUUGAAACGGAAAUGAAUGUAUUGAAAAAACGAUUGGAAAGUGUUGGUCUUUCCACAAUGACAACAUUGGCCGAUAUUAGCAACAACAACCAACAAUCAUCAACAACAACAAUGUUGCCAACUUCACCCGGAUCCGUGUCAUCAUUAUCAUCAUCAUCGUCAUCAUCCAUUAUGUCUCCUGCAUCUUCACCAUCGACCAUUCAAAAGCCUCCGACACCACCAAGUUUCUAUCGUGAUCCAUCACGUCUUAUGUGUUUUGCUUUGAUUUUGACCGUGGUCACCUAUAAUCCAUUGGGAAGUGUUGUAGAGAAAUCCUCUUCAUUGGUCAAUUACGAAUCGAAUCAUGUUGGUCGUACCAUUUUGAGUUUUAUGUCGAGAACCACCGAUUAUGAUGCAACAAGCUUUUCCACUUCUUUUUGGAUGAGAGCAUUUAAUUUUACCAUUGCCGAUAUACUCAUCUGGUUGGUCAAUGUUUUUGUUUGUUAUCGAAUCAUCCAGAUGGCCUAUUAUAAAUCACAUGCUAGCAGCGGUAGUCAACAGCAACAUCGUCGAUUAAAUUAUGAUCAUAAAGUUCAUAAUCAAAGUCUUUCGAAUGGGAAUCAAGCAUUACGUGAUGGUGAUAUUGGUAGUGCGACUGGCUGUUAUCUUCAAGCUUUGAAAGAAAUUACCGGACAAUCGAUGCCAAUCGAGUCAACUAUAAGUCAACUUUAUUGGAUUGCACGUGCAAUCAUCAUGUUGUAUUGGAAUGAAACAAUUGCACUUAUUCAAUCAUUUUUGCCAAUCUCAUCGACGACCACGGAUGAUUGGAAAUCCUGCAAAUUUUGUGCAUCCUCCGAAUGUGAUCAGAUCAUUGGUCAACGAAUCGUAUGCUAUCUAUACGGUCGUUUGACCAUGGUAACAUUGUUGAAAAAUCAAGGGCAGCCAUCAUUGUUGUCAUAUGUUUAUGCAUUCACCGGAAUCAAUGAAUCAUUUCGAUUCGAUCAGAAUCAACAAGAUGGCAAAAGUCAACGUUCAAUGGCCUAUUUAUUGACGGCAAUCUUAUUGAAACCCCAGCAUAAUAUAUUUGCUCGAUAUUUUUGGCAUAAAUCAUAUGCUACAGCUCAAUCAACUAAAGUGGCACAGGAACAGUUUCUAUUAUGUCCAUUGGGUCGUCGUUAUUUUAUGAAACCUUAUCUUCAUUGGUCAUAUGCAUUCGAUAAGCCUUCGAUUUUUAUUGAGACCAAAUCAACAGUUACAUCGAUGAUGGCAUUCAUUGCUGCUAAAUAUCGAAAAUAUCUGAUCAAAAAAUGUUUAUUAACCAUGAUGAAUCCUAGACAUGGUGUCAAUAUUAAACUACGUGAAGCUGAAGUUGCACCAUCCAUUACUAAAACUGGAAAAAUGGAACACAUCCCGUUGAUAGAUUUGAUUGAUGAACUUGCCAAAAAUGCUGAACAAUUUGGUGAUGAAACAUCACUUUGGUGGUCACAAGUUAUUCGUAUUGGUUUCUAUUUUCUUACUGGAAAUGAUCAAAAAGCUGUUGAAAUCAAAUGCCGUUUUCCAUCAUCAUUGCGUAACAAUCUACUUGCUUUGUCAUUAAUGUUUGCUAGUUGUUUGAAGAAAUACGUAUCAAUUGAUAGACAUUCUGGACGUUGGAAUUCAAUCAAGAAAAUUGGCCAUUUUCUUCAGCUAUUAGAUCGUGCUUCAUAUGAAUUACGAAAAUCUUUUGAAGCCAAUUCCAACAACACUAUCAAUGGUGGUGAUGUAUGUGACGAUUGUCAUGUACAAUUGGUUGAAGCAUUUCAAUUGCUUGCACUUGAUUGGAUCCUUUCGAGCCGAGUACAGUUGUGGCAACAUUUUCAAUUGUUGUCCAAUCAAGUGGAAGAUCAACAACAACAACAAAAUAACCAGAAACAAUUAUCGACUAUUCGUAAUUAUUCAAUUUCUGCUUUCGGACAAGAUUUAAAAGUAUUGCGAUAUCUAUCACAAUCGAUGAUGAGUUCAGCACGUACAAAACUCUAUUAUUAUGAAGGUGUAUAUCGAUUGAUUAGUGGUGCCAGUCCAUUCGAAGCUCAACUUUUGUUUGGCCGUGCAUUAAGAAAACGAAAUUGUGGUCAUAAAUCACCAAAACUUAUAUGUUCGCCUGGUACACAUGAUGAGCCACCAUCAUCAUUAAGUGAUAUUGAUGAUUAUGCUCGAUCAUUGCAGAUGAGUGCAACAUAUAUGCCUGACCAAUAUUUCAUUAGUACCGGUGAAAGACGUGGAUUAAUUCAAGAGAUGAAAUCACUACGUGCCCAAUAUGGACGAUCCGAACAUUUAAUUGUUUCAUAAUGGU